AUGGAUACUCCUACUGACUCACCUCCGUCACGCCAUCCAUCUGCAACAUUCUUCCCUGCCUUCCGGCAAAGGGCCAGACCGCUCCACACCGAGUUCGAUCCAUCCCGAGCGGCCCCUUCCAGCGACGGGUCACUAGCCGUCGAGGAUGCGAGUCUCUCUACUGGUGCGCUUGGGAGCGAGUCGGGGCCAAUCAGUGGUGUGGAUGGGGAUGUGGAUGUGGAUAUGGAUAUGGAUAUGGAUAUGGAUGUGGACGUGCGACUGUGGACGUGGAUGUGGAUCUGGUGGUGGUGCGGCCCAUCCGACCGGCUUUUCCAGAGACAGGUCGACCUGGAUAGACACUUCUACAAAUAG